UACAUAUCCGAAGCCGCCAUGACAGUUUCCUUAAAUUUUUCUAUUGAUGAGAUGACCAUCAUCGGUUUUUUCGCUUCAUCCACACACAAACAGACCAGGGCAGGCCAUAUUCACCUAAUUGCUUUGAACAGUUCUCUUUAUCAGACCCCAUUCCCAUUUUAAAAGAAAAAGAAAGUUAUGUUAAAUCGUUUAUAAAAUUGGGCUCGAAUGCUUUUUGGAAAACAUGUUUUCUAUUAUGAAUCGAUCAUGAUGAAGUGGUGGAAUGGUGACAAUGGCUGCAAAUUUUGCCAGGGGUCGAUUGAAAUCAUGGGUAGUACGACUGUGUACAAGCAUUCUGCUGUGGACAUGUCUUAUGCAGUUCAACCCACAAUUUCUGCACAAAUGCCCGCCCUGCUUCACUCCUCCCAGUCAUUUCAUAGGCUUCAACGAAUCUUCAGAUUUAAGUCUUCCUGUGAAAAGUGUUCGUUUUUUAUUCAAGAAGAGGGUUCUGUGCCUCUGAUCUCUACAGUUGUUCUGGCUAACUGGCGUUCAUGCAAUAAUUCUGGUGGCAUACCAUGUUCCAAUUCCUUUUCAACUUCACCUCUGUUCAUGCAAUAGUCUACAGGAAAAGUGGUCAAUGUUCCAGAAAUAUUGCCAACCGCCGUAUCUAUUUUCUAUGGAUUUAGUGAAAUGUUAGCCACAAUAGCCCAUAACAAAUUGUGUGCAGGUCAAGCCUGAGGGGUAUAUCGCAUCUGCCAAAGUUGUCUUUGAAUUGCACCAAACCUUGUAAAUUCAUUUGAGCCGACAUCCAAUUGAGUAAAGCAAAGAUUCUUGCAGGGUAUGCAAAGGAAUGUACAAGAGCAACGGUUAUUUAAAGUUGUCUUGCAAUGGAGGCUUGAAUCAAAUGCGAGCUGCGAUCUGUGACAUGGUUACCAUAGCAAAGUUCUUGAAUUUGACAUUGGUUGUUCCAGAGCUGGAUAAGACCUCAUUUUGGGCUGAUUCAAGCGAGUUUGGGGAUAUAUUUGAUGUCAAACACUUCAUCACUUCCCUACAAGAUGAAGUUCGAAUUGUAAAAGAGCUGCCAAAAAAACUGAGUAAGAGGGCACAUGGCAAGCUCUUGUCAAUGUCACCCAUAAGCUGGUCAAGUGAAAAGUACUAUUUGAAACAGAUACUGCCUUUGAUUCGGAAGCAUAAGGUGGUUCAUUUUAGCAAGACAGAUGCACGAUUGGCAAAUAAUGCCCUUCCCCUGGAGCUGCAAAAGUUCCGGUGUCGAGUAAAUUAUAAUGCUUUGAAAUUUACUCCUCAAAUUGAGAAGUUAGGGAAAAAACUUGUCAACAUUCUUCAAGGGAAUGGAUUCUUCAUAGUGCUUCAUUUACGAUAUGAGAUGGAUAUGCUUGCAUUUUCUGGUUGUACUUGGGGAUGUACUGAUGCAGAAGCGGAUGAGUUAACUAGAAUGAGGUAUGAAUAUCCUUGGUGGAAAGAGAAGGAAAUCAUAUCUGAACAGAAGCGGUUGGAAGGUCUGUGUCCACUCACACCAGAGGAGACUGCAUUGGUGUUGAAGGCUUUAAAUUUCCAAAAUAACACACAAAUUUACAUUGCUGCUGGAAAGAUAUACAAAGGUGAAAGAAGAAUGACACCUUUGCAUGCCAUGUACACCAAAAUUGUAAGUAAGGAGACCCUGUUGAGUCCAGCUGAUCUAAAACCAUUUCAGAACCAUUCAUCACAAAUGGCGGCAUUGGACUAUUUGGUUUCAAUUGCAAGUGAUGUUUUCAUUCCCACUUAUUAUGGGAAUAUGGCAAAGCUUGUGGAAGGGCAUAGAAGAUAUCUCGGUUUUCGUAAAACUAUAUCCCUUGAUCGGAGGAGACUAGUUGAGUUGAUUGAUAUGUAUGGAAAUGGUUCACUGCAAUGGGAUGAAUUUGCACGGCGAGUGAGAAAGAUUCACAAGAAUCAAAUAGGAGCACCAGCACAGAGGAAAGUAAUAGCAAGUAAACCCAAAGAAGAGGAUUACUUUUAUGCUAACCCUCAGGAGUGCCUCUGUGAUUUAUCCAAAAAUCCUCCUCUACUUCCACUUUAAUUUUUUCCAAAGCAUCAGCAAAUCCUCUGUGGAUCAUGUGGGCCAGUGAGCUUCUUUGAAGAUAGAAGCCCCCCUUUCCAUGCAAUAAGAUACUUUUUGUAGCUCAUAUUUUGUUGUUCAUGAGCAUUGGAUUCUUUUCCUCGCUAGGAGUUGGAGGAGGUAUGGAGAUGCUAUGCUGUAUUUACUCAAGCAUAAAUUGCUAUCAAAGACUGAAUAAAUUAAAGCAUUGAGUCUGCAGGACUCGAAAGAGGAGCAGGUUAUCUAGGUUUUUCUUAAAAUAUGAUUUUAUCUUUAAAAUA